GGUCUCCUCCCGAGGACCAGCUUCACUGGCCAAGUGGACUGACGGGCUCCCCCAGGCGGAGCGUCUUGCUCGGUGCUUGGAUCACUGGGAUCUCUUCAGAUGAUGACGGCCUUGCUAGAGAGUCCUGCCAGUCCUGCCAUCAUCUAGUUAUGGAAAAAGGCUGUGCCGGCUGGGCUGGGGGCAGGAGGACAGAAUUCAUCCAGCUUCCCCCGAAACACUGGAGGAUGUGGCCAGCACUGGAAGGACACUAGCCGUCUUGGAGGCUGGCCCACUCUGGCGGUAAGCAUGGUGCCACUUCUGCCACUUCUGCCACUUGUGCUGGGGCUUUUGGGGCCGGGAGGCUACUUGUCCCUUUCAGGGCUCUGUCAGGAGGUGGCCACUCUCACUGUGAAAUACCAGGUGUUGGAGGAAGUGCCGCCUGGCACGUUGAUCGGGAAGCUGUCCCGGGAGCUGGGCCGGGAGGGGAGGCGAGGGCAGGCAGGGGCUGCCUUCCAGGUGUUGCAGUUGCCACAGGAACUGCCCAUCCAGUUGGAUGCUGAGGAUGGGCUGCUCACCACGGGGAGACGGCUGGACCGGGAACAGCUUUGCCGGCAAUGGAAUCCCUGUCUGGUUUCUUUUGAUGUGCUGGCCACCGGGGAUCUGGCUCUGAUCCAUGUGGAGAUUCAGGUGCUAGACAUCAAUGACCACCAGCCUCAGUUUCCUAAAGGUGAGCAGGAGCUGGAGAUCUCUGAGAGUGCCUCCCUGCGCACUCGGAUCCCUCUGGACAGAGCCCUGGACCCAGACACUGGCUCCAACACCCUGCACUCCUACACCCUGUCUCCCAGCGAGCACUUUGCCCUGGAUGUCAUUGUGGGGCCUGAUGAGGCCAAGCAUGCAGAGCUUGUGGUAGUGAAGGAGCUGGACCGGGAGAUCCACUCAUCCUUUGACCUGGUGUUAACAGCCUAUGACAGUGGGGACCCCCCCAAGUCAGGCACUAGCUUGAUUAAGGUCAAUGUCUUGGACUCCAAUGACAAUAGCCCCGUGUUUGCUGAGAGCUCGCUGGCACUCGAAAUCCAAGAGGACGCCACUCCUGGUACUCUCCUCAUAAACUUGACGGCUACAGACCCUGAUCAAGGCCCCAAUGGGGAGGUGGAGUUCUUCCUCAGUAAGCACGUGCCCACAGAGGUGCUGGACACCUUCAGUAUUGAUGCCAAGACAGGACAGGUGAUACUACGCCAGCCCCUCGACUACGAGAAGCAUCCUGCCUAUGAGGUAGAUGUUCAGGCAAGGGACCGGGGCCCCAACCCCAUCCCAGCCCACUGCAAAAUCCUCAUCAAGGUUCUGGAUGUGAAUGACAAUGCUCCGAACAUCCAUAUCACGUGGGCCUCACAGCCCGCGCUGGUGUCUGAGGCUCUGCCCAGGGACAGUUUCAUUGCUCUUGUUAUGGCAAACGACCUAGACUCAGGAAACAAUGGUCUGGUCCACUGUUGGUUGAGCCAAGAGAUGGACCACUUCAGACUGAAAAGGACCAAUGGCAACACAUACAUGCUGCUGACCAAUGCCACGCUGGACAGAGAGCAGUGGCCCAGAUACACCCUCACUCUGCUGGCCCAAGACCAAGGACAGCAGCCCUUAUCAGCCCAGAAACAGCUGAGCAUCCAGAUCAGUGACGCCAAUGACAAUGCACCUGUGUUUGAAAAGAGCAGGUAUGAGGUCUCAACCCGAGAGAACAACCAACCCUCUCUUCACCUCCUUACUGUCCAGGCUCAGGAUGCAGACUUGGGGGUGAAUGGGGAGAUCUCCUACCAUAUCCGAGACUCCCCAGCAUCUCACUUGGUGGCAAUAGACUCAGACACAGGAGAAGUGACUGUUCAGAGGUCAUUAGAUUAUGAACAGAUGACCAGCUUUGAGUUCCAGGUGAUUGCAAAGGACAGGGGGCAGCCCCAGCUUGAGUCCAGAGUCUCUGUGUGGGUCAGCCUCCUGGAUGCCAAUGAUAAUGCCCCAGAAGUGAUUCAUCCCAUACUCAGUGAUGGAAAAGCCAGCCUUUCGGUGCUUGUCAAUGCCUCCACGGGCCACCUUCUGGUGCCCAUUGAGACUCCCAAUGGCUUGGGUCCAGUCGGUGCUGGCACUCUGCCACUGGCUAGCCACAGCUCCCGCCCAUUCCUGUUGGCAACCAUUGUAGCCAGGGACGCGGACUCAGGGACAAACGGAGAGCUGCUCUACAGCAUCCGAAGUGGCAAUGAAGCCCAUCUCUUCACCCUCAGCCCCCACCUGGGCCAGCUGUUCAUCAACAUCACCAACACCAGUGGCCUCAUUGGGAGCGAGUGGGAGCUGCACAUUGUGGUAGAAGACCGUGGCAGCCCCUCCCUGCAAACCCAAGCCCUGCUGAGGGUUUCUUUUGUCAGCAGUGUGGACCAUCUGAGGGACUCAGCCCAGGAGCCUGGGCCCCUGAGCACACCGGUGCUGACCAUCAUCUGCCUGCUUGUGCUGCUGGCCAUCUUCGGGCUGAUCUUGGUCCUCAUUGUGUCCAUCUGCCGGACAGAGAAGAAGGAUAACAGGGCCUACAACUGCCGGGAGGCUGAGUCCGCCUAUCGCCAGCAGCCUAAAAGGCCCCAGAAGCAAAUUCAGAAGGCGGACAUCCACCUGGUGCCUGUGCUCAGGGGCCAGGCAGACGAGCCUAAUGAAGUGGGGCUGCCCCACAAGGACACAGGCAAAGAAGUGAUGAUGGAGGCAGGCUGGGACCCCUGCCUCCAGGUUCCCUUUCACCUCACACCGACCUUGUACCGAACCCUCCGCAACCAAGGCAACCAGGGAGCUCUCGCUGAGAGCCGAGAAGGGCUGCCAGACUCUGUCAGCCUCCUGUUCAGUCACCCCAGGCAGAGGAACGCCUCCCGAGAGAACCUGACCCUCCCUGAGCCCCAGCCUGUAGCAGGCCAGCCACGUCCAAGGCCUCUGAAGGCCAAAGGCAGCCCCAGAGAGAGGUCACCCGGAGACCAGGCUGGUGAGGAGGCCCUGCAGAGCCCGCCUGGCUCUUCUGCAACCCUGAGGAGACAGCGGAAUCUCAAUGGCAAAGUGGCCCCUGAAAAAGAGUCAGGUCCACGGCAGAUCCUACGGAGCCUGGUCCGGCUGUCUGUGGCUGCUUUCGCAGAGCGGAACCCCAUGGAGGAGCUCACUGUGGAUUCACCGCCUGUUCAGCAAAUCUCCCAGCUGCUGUCCUUGCUGCAUCAGGGCCAGUUCCAGCCCAAACCAAACCACCGGGGAAAUAAAUACUUGGCCAAGCCCAGCAGUGGCAGGAGUCCAGUCUCAGAGACAGAUGGCACAGGUUCCAGGGUUGGUGGCCAAGCAGAACUGGACCAGGAAGAAGGGUCUUUAGACCCUGAGGAGGACCUCUCUGUGAAGCAGCUGCUUGAAGAAGAGCUGUCAAGUCUGCUGGACCCCCACACAGGCCUGGCCCUGGAACGGCUGAGCACCCCUGACCCAGCCUGGAUGGCGAGGCUGUCUUUGCCUCUGUCCACGAACUACCGUGACAACGUGUUCUCUGCCGACACCAUGACCUCAGAGGAGCCUAGAACCUUCCAGACCUUUGGCAAAGGAGCAGCGCCUGAGCUGAGCCCGAUGGGCACACAGCUGGCCAGCACCUUCCUGUCAGAGAUGAGCUCGCUGUUGGAGAUGCUGCUGGAGCAGCGGCCCAGUGUGCCUGUGGAGGCUGCCUCUGAGGUGCUGCGACGCCUUUCUGUCUGCGGGAGGACCCUCAGUCUAGACCUGGCCACCAGUGGGGCCUUGGGCACAGAAGUUCAGGGAGGCCUGGGUGGAAAGAAAGGGGGAAAGGGCAGGACCUGCAGCAGCAGCAGCAGCAGCAGCAGCAGCAGGGGUUUGUGGAUCCAGGAACCAGGAGCCCCCAGAGAUGUAAGGGACCCUAGGCCCUGAGCACCCUGGAGCAAGAGCUGACUGCUAACAUCUCAGAACUCACCAACCUGAGGUGGCUGGAGAACCAUCGGGGGUGACCAUGAGACUCUGCAGAGGCCGGAGUCCAGGACUGAUGGCUGGCUGGCCAAAGUUGUUCCUUGCUAGAGGCUGGCUCUGCCUGUGAGGUUUUUGGAGGAUGAAGACCAUCUAUGGCUGAUAUAAGUGUUUGCUGGCAAAACACACACAGAGCAUAGAGUGCUGGUCCUCCAGUGGGACAGAUGCCAAUGAGUGUGAGGAACAGGGAAGAAUAGCCUUGGUGCAGACUGGAGGGUGGAGGGCAGAAUCCUGGGGCACCAGACCAGGCUCUCUGAA